UCAAUAAGUUAUCAUUAAGUUUUGUUUCACUCCCUUGUGAAUACUUUUACAUGUAUGCAUUGCUUAGAACUUCAGUGUGUUUCAGUGUCAUUAAAAGCAGACCGCAAACUAUAUUUACAGCAGUCUAUAAAUAAAACUUUUUCACAUUCAGUGCGGAAGUAUACCGCCCUCCCCUGGACGCGUCACUGUUAUUCUCGUUGACUGUGUCAAAAGGAUCGCAUCUUCUCCAUAAAAUUAACUUCAUUCGAAUCGGACCAUGUCCGAUGCGAGCGCGGACAAUUAUGACGGGUUUCAGGCCCAGUUCACGAACAUAAUGGAAACAAUUUUACAGACUGCUGUCAGGGAAGCGACAAAACUUUAUGAUGGCACUUUGCAGCGUUUGAAAGCGGAAUUGGUGCAGCUGAGACAAGAGAAUGUCAACACGAAGACAGGUGAUUCAUCCGGCCAGAACACAAAGAGAUUAUCUGAAGCUGGGAGUCAGAGGACUGGAAAUGGCUCUAAACAUCGUGAUAUUGGCGUGCAGUGCGAAAAGCCUACAUUGGUGGACCGGGGAUGCAGCCCCCUUCAGUUUAUAGGACAACGUGUUAAUGUGGGAGACAUUACGAGCGAUAAACUCACAGAUCUAUGUGCCAGUGAGGAUGGGAACAGACAGCUUGCGUUGCUCCUCGUCAAACAAGAGCCUCAAGAGACUGAAUGCAACAGCUAUGCACCAGGAUACUUUUUACUAAAGCAAGAGGGUGCUGAACCAAUACUGGUGCGCAGAGAGCCAAAUAAGGACACCAUGGAAAGGGUUGUGAUACCGCCAGCAUUGCAAACAAUAACUAGGCACCAUAGCAACCAAGGAGGAAAGUCACCACGACCAGUGACUACUUCCUCUUGUAGUCGCAGAGUGGAUUCCUGUGGUCAAAAACCCAAUCAGACUAUACAACCCAUCCAAAGUACAUCUAAAAGAACACUGGAAAACACUGAAGCCUUGUCUUCCCAAUGCAAAAGACAGAAUCCCAGUGCAUCAGCACAGACAUCCACUUCUUCAGUACUUCCCAAUUCGACCCAAACUCCUGCUUCCACUGUUAACCUGUCUGUGCCAAUGAUUGAGCUGUCUGGCACUCCAACAAUACCUCAAACCAAACCAACAGCUUCAUUAGUUUACCGUCGACCAAACCCUCAAACAUCAAACCAGACAGUAGUCCCUCAGAAAGAGGGGACAAAUAUCUGUCAAAACACCUACCUAAAUCCUUUUCCCCCAAGCCAAGUCUUAGUAACAGCUCCUCAUUCCCCAAAACAGCGAGUUCAGGCAUUGGUUUCACAUAAUGAGAAAACUCUUUCAAACAUUGCCUCGCUAAACCAGGCCACUGAACCACUAACCCAGUGUGCAUCUCAACUUACACAACUACCAUUCUUUCCACCUCAAUCCAUCAAAACACCAGCCCAAGAGAUGACUCCACUAGUACAAACUGUCAUGCCAUCAGGACACGUUCCUGUCGCAGCAGUUCCAAAUCCAGUUCCACCAGUCCAGGAUCAGAUUCUCUCAGCCGGUCUUAUUCCUUCUCAAUCUCAAGUUUUUACAUUGCCACAGAUAAUGCCAGCACAUUCUGUGACAUCAAGUCCAUCAUUCCAGUUCCCUUUGGUUCUGCCACACAAUCCAGUUCAGGGGACGCCACCUUCUUAUCUGCCAACACAUGUUCCAUUUACUUCUCCGCACAUUCCAGUUAACGGAGUUCAGGGAUCCGUCUCCUUAAACCCACCUCAACCUCCACUUACGCAAUCUCAAUAUCCACCACAAUCUGAUCAGUUUUCCUCUUCUCCAGACCAUUUUUUUCCUCCACCUGAUGAUACGCCAAGUUUGCUGGAAUCUCUUGACACUUUGCAUUUGCACUCACCCAUUGUGAUAACGCCACAAGAUGCCCUUGAGCAGGCACCCAUGCACCAUUUUCAUCCAUCUGGGCAGUUUGCUCCUCUGCUAACACUGAAGGAGCAACAAGCUGCCACUUCAGCUAACGUUGUUUUAGGGCGAGUACCCAUUCCAUCCUUGGAUACCUCUGCAUCUCUGGGUGACAACAACGAAACAGACCUACCAUUUUCCCCAUGUUGCACAGAGAGAAAUGACAAAGACCUCUCGGAAGAUGAUGACACCCCUACACUCCAGUCUAGACUGAGAAAACAGAGGAAGUUUUGCUCCAAAUCCAGACAAAUAGAUCCUGCAGAUGAGGACGGCACACUUAUGGUCAAGGAUAAGAGGGUGGAUCAGGUACAGAAUGAAUUGAUUAGUGAAACACCACAUUCUGGCUCAAAUAAUGGAAAUCAACUAUUACCAAAACCUUCAGGCAAAACACUGCAGAGAAAUACGAAGUGUCCCCAGUGUGGAAGGGUCCUCAGCAAUGCGUCUGCCUUGGAGAACCACAUGAGACUUCAUACAGGCGAAAGACCUUAUACCUGUUCCCAGUGUGGAAAAGGGUUUCCUAGUGUACGAGGUCUUAACCGGCACAUGAAGGUCCAUGCAGAGGAGAAACGGUAUCAGUGUGAUGAGUGUGGAAAGAGUUUUGUAUAUCACUUUACCCUUACCAAACAUCAGCUCAUUCACUCUGGAGAAAGACCGUUUCCUUGUAAAGUUUGUGGAAAGAGGUUUUUGGCUAAGGCAGACCGGGCUACACAUAUGCGAAUGCACACUGGAGAGAAGCCAUUCUCAUGCACUCUAUGUGGGAAGAAGUUUAAACAUAGAGUCGCUUUGAAUAUGCAUAUGCAGGGGCACAGAGGAGAGAAACGCUACAUCUGCCCCCACUGUGAAAAGGGAUUUGUGGAUCUAGGCAACUUUAAAAGACACAAGCUCAUCCACACAGGGGAAAGACCGUUUGAGUGCAAGGAAUGUGGGAAACGCUUUACUCAAUCAGCCCAUCUCAAGAAACAUGUCAACACACAACAUACUACAUGAAAAAAAGAAUUUGGAUUGUUCAGUAUUAAGCAUUCAGUUGAUCUCCUUGAUUGACUGACAAAUAUUCUGUUACAAAAUAUAUAACAGUAUUAGGCCUGAUUGUAAAUUAAAGGGAUAGUUCACCCAAAAAUGAAAGUUACCCCUUGAUUUACUCACCCUCAAGCCAUCCUAGGUGUAUAUGACUUUCUUCUUUCAGACAAAUACAGUCAGUUAUAUAAAAAAAUCAUUGUUUUUCCGAGCUUUAUAAUGGCAGUGAAUGGGGAUUGAGAAUUUGAAUCUAAAUAAAGUGCAUCCAUCCAUCAUAAAAGGCACUCCAGUCCUCAUGGCUCCGCGGGGUUCACGAGAGUGGCAUUCCAGCGGAUUACGUCGGUGUAGCGUAAGCUCCGGUGAGAAGUGACUAAAUUGAAUUAAUUUCUAGAUCUACACGGUAUACACAAAGUGUUUCAGUCUGGUUUUAGAUUUUUAUAUAGGACAGAGACUGCACUGUUGAAGGUUUUUAAUUACUUAUUACUUGCUACUGACUCAGGGGACUGUGCGAUUUUAAUUCUACUAGACCUUACGGCUGCAUCUGAUACUGUAGACCAUAAGACCUUGAUUUUGUUGGGAUGGUUUAGAUACUAUUUGUCCGAAGGAACUUUUUCAGUUAACUUUGUCUCCUCAACUGCUUCUUUCACGUGUGGGGUCCCCCGGGAUCCAUUUUGGGGCCUAUUCUGUUCUCCCUGUAUAUGCUUCCCUUAAGAAAUAUUUUUAGAAAGUUUGAUAUUAUUUUUGAUAGUUAUGCAGACGAUAGGUAAAUUUACCCACCUUUGAAACGUAAGGAUACUUCUUCUUUAG